AAUGUCUUAGUUUUGUAGUUCUUGUGUUGGUGACCUGUCAGCGUUGUAGUGUAAGCUGUCACUGCUAAUACACUAUCCAUCGUUUCCACCGUCGCUUGGUUUUCACGCCCGACGCAGCGGGAACCGGUUCUUUGGCCGCUCGUUGAGUUUUGUUCGUGUUUAUGAUGUCGCAUAGGCACCGUGCUAACGGUUUUAGCUAACUAACUUAGCCACACAACUUGACAGCUAGCUUUCGACAGCGGCUAGCGGCGUUAGCUAAGCCCGCUGGCAGGACGAGGUGUUGGAAUCCGCCCACCCCUCUUAAUCAGGGCUCCGGGGAAAAAAAGCAGUGAACGAUGGAGGCCCAGAGCUCCCACGAGCUGGUGAUGGCCAGGAAGAGAAGACGAGAAGGCUCCAACGGGGAGACUGAAGAGGGGGAAAGACUCGGGAAAAUCCCCAGAUAUACCGUGGGAUUGAAAAACCCCGCGCCCUUUGCCGAUGAGCUGGAGCCAGCCGAUAAUAAACCCUACGAGAGAGUCACCAUGGAAGAGGCAAAGAAGGGAACGCCCCUCAACAGACCCGUGCGAGUCUAUGCAGAUGGCAUCUUCGAUGUUUUCCACUCAGGUCAUGCCAGAGCCCUGAUGCAGGCAAAACGUCUCUUCCCAAAUUCACAUCUGAUUGUCGGGGUGUGCAGCGAUGAGCUCACCCACAAGUACAAGGGCUUCACUGUGAUGAACGAGGACGAGCGUUACGACGCCGUCAGACACUGCCGCUACGUGGACGAAGUGGUGCGAAAUGCUCCCUGGACGCUAACGCCGGAGUUCCUCGCAAAGCAUCGCAUUGAUUUUGUGGCCCACGAUGACUACCCAUACUCAUCAGCAGGCAGCGACGACGUGUACAAGCACAUUAAAGAAGCAGGCAUGUUUGCUCCCACCCAGCGGACAGAGGGCAUCUCCACCUCCGACAUCAUCACCCGCAUAGUCCGGGACUACGACGUGUACGUCAGACGCAACCUGCAGAGAGGCUACACGGCCAAAGAGCUCAACGUCAGCUUCAUCAACGAGAAGAAGUAUCACCUGCAAGAGCGAGUGGAUAAGGUGAAGAGGAAGGUGCGUGACGUGGAGGAGAAGAGCAAAGAGUUUGUCCAGAAGGUGGAGGAGAAGAGCAUCGACCUCAUCCAGAAAUGGGAGGAGAAGUCCAGGGAGUUCAUCGGCAACUUCUUGCAGAUGUUCGGCCCCGAGGGAGCUCUGAAGCACAUGCUGAAGGAAGGGAAGGGCCGCAUGCUGCAGGCCAUCAGCCCCAGGCACAGCCCCGACAGCAGCCCCACCCGAGAGGAGCGCUCGCCGUCCCCCACCUUCCGCCUCCCCUUCUUCUCCAAGACCUCGCCUCCUCCCUCGCCUCCUCACCACAGCGGGGCCCGGGGAUACCUCAUCAGCGAGGACGACGAUGAAGACGAAGACGGCGACGACGAUGACAACAACUAGACCCCCCCCCCCAACCCCCUAAUUAGCGUGAAGUCAGCGCCGGCGGGGCCCCCGUUGGCGGCAGCAGUAAAGAGGCGCGUGGAGCCGCGCGGCGGCACACUUGUAGCGUGUCAGGUUUUCUUUUAGCACUUGUGACGGCAUCCACAGCUCCAUGUUUUUAACAAACCAGUUUUCAUCUUUUCUGUUCCUGUGUAAGGGUCAGCGCGUUACAGGUAGACUCCAGAGUUCUUUUAAAAGUUCGUUUAUGCGUCGGUUCCUUUUUAACGUUGGUAAGUAGUCGCUCACUGUCACUUAGCAAUAUUUUCAGGUAUUAGCCUCGGUGCACUGCUCCGUCUGCGACUAUUCCUAAAGCUUGCCUCAUGGCACCAGGGGAGUUUUGGUUAUGGCUUUAGCAGUGUGUGUGUAUGUGAGGGGGGGGGGGGGGCUUGCUGGCUUUUGGUCACUUGUUGCAGCAGAAGGUUUAGUUUGGAUUCAGAACUGUUGAGCUGAGGAAUCAUGAGAUGAGACACUGUUUUAAGGAUCUGCUUGUGUGCAGAUAUCAUCCUCAUAAUAACAUUAAAUAAGCUCACUAAAACCAAUAACUUCUGCCUCCAUCACGUCUAAGCUGAAUCUGAGGGUAAAUGUCAACCAAGUGGCAGCGUUUUUUUCUGAGUUUGGCCCGCCUGCGUUGAAGCUUCCCGUGUGCGUGCCGCCCUGCAUGGCACCGUUUGGAUGUCGGCAUGUUUUAAUGCGUCUGCCAACGGCAUCUGUUGACAGACGGGUUCAGCUGUUUCCUGCAUAUAGUAAUAAAUUUGCUUUUAAAUUUGACUAUCUGCUGACAAGAAUCGGUCUUUGAAAGACUAGUUUAAAACUAGACGCCUUUAAGUGGCGUGGAUGAAUGGAUGACACAUUUAAAUCUCAUACAUUUUCUAAUUUAAUCUCAUUUAAUUUUUUUUUUUUCCUUUCUUCCCUGAGCAGAGAAUCAACUUACAUAUUUCUGUCGUGUAAAAUCGUCCUGGAGGUCCGGGGCCGUGAGAAAGUGAUCAGUUUAACUUUGAUGCGUUGUUACAACACAGAAGUAUUAGGUUUUCACAUUUUGGAACAAACAGACUGGCGGAAACCAUUAAAUGGCGUACUGCAGGUUGAGAGAUUGGCAGACAUUAAGGUUUUUUUAACAGACCUCCCUCGUUGGUGGCAGAGCGGCGUGGGAAUCUGACUAAAUGGAAGACGGGACUUCUGCUGAGUCAGCUACUUCCUUCCCCAGCUGAUCGUUUUCUCUGAGAGAAGCCCAGUUUCCACGCCUCGGGCCGCUUUUUAAGAAAUGCAAGGGUUGAAUAUUUGUUCUCCAGUAAAAAAGCACGUUGGUAUGCAACGUCUGUGAUGCACCGCUGUCAAUGAUUAAUUUAGGUGUUGACAGGUUCUCGGUUUGGCCCCACAGAAGCAUCCGUUGUCGUAAAUCGCCUGUGAAACCGCUACGCUACUCUGUGCAAACAUGAUUUUAGGUAUCCAACGUGAAAAAUUCCAGUUUAGUCUGCAAAGAGAAAAAAAGCGAUUCCUGUCUGGAUCCUGGUGCUAAACUACAUGGAAAGCUGCGUCUUGGUUCUCCUUUAAAUAUUUCCUUUUAAAAUCAGGGUGAACUUCUCAGUUCAAGCAUGUCCACAUAAAGGCAAGCCAACGAUGGCCGUUUCUUUAAAAACGUAGUUCUAAUCAUGUUUUAUGUUACCUUCUUUGGGGUUUAACUGCAUCCUGGAUGUACAGGAAAAGCAAAAUGUAUUAAAACCUGUUAGCCAACAACA